CAGUGUUGAGUGCCAUUAAGUGGGCAAGAUAAAGUUCUUAGAACCACUUCAUUUAUUAACAAAAGGUAUAAAUUGAACCGUUACAGUACUACGACUCUAGUUUCAUAACGUGGCGCACAUCAAAAUGCAAGUAAUGUAUACAAACAUGAUCACAGCUAUUAUGGUAGGCCUACUGGGUAUCGCUUUAGCUUCCGAGCUGAAGUUUGAAUCUAACCCAUCCAACAUCCACCCAAUUCUGACCAAAACUCUACAAGUUCGAUGUGCGGUGAAAAUCAGUUCGUUAAGAAUUCAAGGAAGUGCUCGUUUAGGUCAUGGUUUCGUUGAUCCCAGCAAUGCUAAAAUCCAACAAAACGCCACAGCUAUCCAAAGAAACAAUAGAACACAGAAUACCACAACCUCUCCAACACCACACAGUCAACUACUGACGGGUAACCAAUCAACGAGCACACCCCCACAUGUCAAUGAUGAUGUAUCUCACAUUACAUCCAUUAUAAUAAGCAAAGAGGUGUCUGGACACAAAGUAACUGUAGCCAGCGUCACCGCAUUCGAUAGCCCCAGCAUAGAGAGCCCAUUCACGGGGAUUGUUUCCGUGGAGGGGAACAGUAACACGUCUCCGGUGACAGGUGAACAGGGAUACCUGCAGCUGAGGUGGGAGGAACCUCUGGCUAGGGAGGCAGGUGUGUACACGUGUGAAGUGUUUGGUUUAAACACAGACAAGCAUCCCGUGUCCUUGUACGACACGGUACAAGUACAGUCAUCUGAGCCAACUUACACAGAACUGAUUGCCUACAUCUCGGCAUUUGACAAAGCACUUUCAGAGCUACAGAAAGAAAAUAAAGAGCUGCGGAUGUUUCAGUCAAAUAUAACAGCAGAUAUUUCAGAGAUGGGCACCAAACUGUACAACCUAACAGGACCGGAAAUUCAGACUGGAAGAGUUAGUUGCUUAUCUACAACUGUCAACUUUCAAAGUUCAUUUAGUAAAACACCUGUAGUUUAUGUAUCUUUAUCUGGGUUUCGCACAUCAAGUUCUCCCACUAGUGGGUUAAUUGAAGCUAGUAUCAGGUCUAUAGCCAACAGUUAUUUCUAUCUUGACUGUUCAAUGUCUGGUUUCUAUAAUACUCCCACAGUAAGCUGGAUUGCUAUUUGUUAAGUAUUAUCUCUUUCAAAUGUUAGUUUUGUACUUUCAAAACUAACAUCAGCAUAACAUUGAGUUUUUUACUGCCAUUUUACUGCUUUGUUAUUACUACUCUAAUGUUGAGUUUUGUUACUGCCAUUUUAUUGCUUUAUUAUUACUAUCUUCCAACUAACAGGCCUAAAAAUGAAAUAACAA